AUGCGAACUAACAAUCCAUCAAGUGGUGAUUAUGAACAAAAUCCCAAAAAAAGAGGAAAUAAAUUACCAUUUAGUGACAUGAAUAUCAAUGAUAAUGAUGAUCAAAAAAUUGUAUUGAAUCAAAAAUUAAAAUAUUCUUAUAAUAGAAAUAAUUAUAUUUCAACACAUAAUGAUAUUACCGAUGUUCACAUUAUAGCCGAUAAUGAUCAACAGAUUAUACGUUCAAAGUAUCGAAAUAAUCAAAUAUCAUCAACAUCAUCAAACGAAGAUGAUCUAAAAAGACGAACACUACAACAACAGAUGGAACAAGUCAAAUUUAUCAAAAGUAGACAAAAAUCAAAAAAAUCAGAUGAUUAUAACAAUGGUGAAGACGAUAAUAGUUUUACACAUAAAAAUGAAAUUAUUUCAAUAUCAAAUCAUUCAGAUACUGGUUACGAUACUAACAGAGAUAGUAAUCAACAAAAAGAUGAAAAUAGUAGUAGUUUAGGUCGUCAUAGUGAUGAUGCUGUUGUUAUAACUUCAUCAUCAUCAAACGAAUAUGAACAAAUAUUAAACUUAGUUAAAAAUAUUCCAUCACCAACAGAUAUCACCACACCAUAUUAUACAAGUGAAUUUACAAAUAGAAAUCAACAGCAACAAUCAAUCGCCAAUCAACAACAACGAAAACAAGUUCGUACACGUAUUCAACCAUUACCGGAUACGAGCGAAAGUACAGAUUCAAUUUCUCAACAUCAAAAACAAACAUUAUCGUACCGAAAAAACGUUCAACAACAUUCGUCAUCUGAUAUUGGAGAUAAUCUCUUUGAAAAAAUUCCCCCAAAUGGUCUCGAAUACAUUCUUGAUGAACGUUAUAAACAACAACAACAAUUAGCGACGACAAUAUUUCUAAACGAUGAUGGUAAAGAAGAUGAUAAUAAAGAAACAAAAACAGUACGAAAAGAUAAUAUACAAUUAGAAAACGAUGAGAAUUUAUCAACGAAUCAUAGUAAUAUUAUUACAAUUAAAAUCGAUAAUAAACCAAAUGUACGUUUACCGGACGGUCGAUUCGAAACACAUUUGCCAAAAUUAACUAUUAAGGAUAAUCAAAUGCAAAUGUCGUGUGUUGAACGUAUUAUUCAUAUAUUUAAAUUUUCACGACAUUUUACAACAAUUUUAUUUCUUUCACUAGUAGCGUUAACUAUUGUAGUUAUUUCUGUAAUAUUAAUAGUAUAA